CCUUUCCUCCUCCUUCACUGAACUUACAGAGUGCCUGUGCUAAGUGUUCAAAACAGAUCCCUAUCCUCAGGGAACUAGUGAAAAUAGAUAAAUUCACAAUAUGGCACCACCAUUGGUGAUCAGGGUGAUGAAGGGGAAGUCUGGGGCUCUGAGAGAGCAUGACCCCACAUUCACCACUGUCAUCAGGAAAGACCUCUCUGAGGGAGCAGCAUUUGCAUCAAGGUCUGAAAGACGAUCACAGGAAGUGAGUAGAGGAGAGCAUUCUUGGUGGAAAGCUCAGCCCGUGCAAGGGCCCUGGGGUGGGAACUGAAAAAAGGCCAGUGUGGCUGGGGUGACCCAGGUGAGGUGCUGGUGACUGAAGAGGGAGGUGUGGCAGAUUGCACCUUGCAAUUCUGAACAGCAAAUUCAGAGGCUGCUGGGAGGGGUGGCCCAGCCCGCGGUCAAGGCCAAGAUUUGAGUUGGCUGAAGUCCAUGUGAGUGAGAGUAGGCCAGAGCCAGGUCAUCAGGCAUCCUGGGCUAUGCCUGGACCCCUCUGGUAUUUGCUGCUUAACUUGUGAGUCAGAAGAAGCCUGACGGCUGGCUUAGAGGGCCAGGACAGCGCCCUCUAAGGGCUAAACACAUGUGUCCUGACCCACUCUCCAUUCCCAUGAAAAUAAUAAAUCCGUGAUCAUAAAUACUGUGAAGCACAGAUCCACGCAGCAACACACCUGAAUCUCACAAAAUGAUGUUGCAUGAAAGAAGGCAAACCCCGGGGAACCUGCUGAAUGAUCCCCUCUGUGUGAAGGUCAAGAACAGGCAGAGCUAAUCUGUGAUGACAGAACUCCCAGGGCAGGACGGGGUUCUGGGAGGCUGGUCAUCUCUGUGUUUUGACUAAGGGGCUGGACAUUUAGGUGUGUUCAGUUUGUAAAAGUGCAGCACUGGUCGCUUCUCUGUCAGACAUCAAUAUGAUAUUGCUACAACUGAAUCCUGUUCCCUCAGCGUCACCUGUGUAAUAUUCCUGCCUCAAAUGUUUACUAUGAAUCCAAUCGUGAGAAACAAUGAGAUGACUCCAAAAUCAGGGACAUCCCCAAGUGUCGAUAUUGCAAGAAAGCAAGGAUCUGGAGAACUGUUCUAAACUAAGGAGGACUAGAGGCACAUGACAACUAAACAUAAUGCAUGACCCUGGAGAGAAAAAGAGUUGUGAAGACAUGGAAACCUGAACUCGGCCUGCCGAUUACAUGAUAAAGUGUUGAUUUCCUGGGUGGGAUAUUGGGGUUGUGGCUGUGCGGAAGAAUAUCUUUGUUCUUGGGAGGUUCGUGCUCAAGUACUUAGGACUGAAAUGGACUGAUGUCCCAAUAAAAGGGAAAGAAAGGGAGAUAAGGAGGGAAAUAGAGCACAAAUGGAGUAAAACGUUAACAGUUGAUGUGUAUAAGUGAGGAGUAGGUGAACUUGCAUUGAACCAUUCUUGCAUAUCUUCUGUAGGAUUCAAAUUUUCUGAACUAAAAGUGUGGAAAUAAAACAAAGAAAAACACUACUUUCUAUUUUUUAAAAAGUGUGGAAAAAAAGCUAUCAUUCAUCUAGUUAUGGCUGUGGGUCUCUUGCCUAUUAGGCUUUUAAUAUGCAUUAUAAAUAAUAUCACAAGUCAGGUCUUUAUAAGGAGUAAAAAAUUCAACCAAAUAACUGAAGUAGCUAUUUUUUAGUCCAUAUAGCUGAAUAAUCCAGGAACACCUGGCUUCAGGUCAGGCUUGAUCCAGGACCUAUUCUUGUUCCUUCUUUUUCUUUGCUCUGCUUUUUGUAGUUUGACCUCAUUUUCAGACUCACUUUGCCCUUCUGAGGAUGAGAUGGCUGCCAGGACCAACCAGGAAGAAAGUAAAUUCCCCAAAGGCAGGAGAGAGGGAAUGCUAGGAACCACUGCCCUCCAAGUGGCUUACACACUUGCGUGUAAUAUAUGAGGCUCAGAGAGAUUAUGUGAUGUGUUCAAGGUCUCACCAUAAGGAAAGGAAAGCUGAGAUUUGAACCUAGGUCUGCCUGCACCCCAAGCCCCUAUAUUCCCCUUGGUUUUAUAGAUCAUUUCUCUUAUUACAAAAUCUUGGGGAAAUGGCAGGGGAAAGAGUAACUACAUUCCACUGGACACCAUCGUUUUGUGUUUUCAUCCAUUCUUUAUCCACCCCCAAAAGCUUUUUUUUUUUAAAAAAAAAAAAAGCACAUUGAAAUUAGAUGUUGAUAUGAGAAGCCCUAAAGACCCCUGAGCUCCCUGGACACCCUCCAUGUGGAUACCCACUCACCUAGGGCUGGGGUUCUGAUCUGAGUGUGAGGCUAACCCUUUCCAAUGCAGGCAUCUAGAUCCACCUUUACCCUUUUGCAAACCCAGUCUAUUCAGGAGACCAGCUAUGCUUAGGAAAUGAAAGCAACAGUGAUGGAACUGAUGGGAAGGUGUGCAUGUCCCCACUUGCUCAGACUGGCGAUCACUGCAUUCUUGAGGGUGGAUGUUACAACUCCUGUAUUUCAGAGGGGGAAACAGGCUCUGAAGGACAAAUGACUGGCCAGGUCACCAUCCAGCAGGUGGCAGAGGCAGGAACCAAGCCGUGCCCUGUGACAGCGCUGCACAUUCUGUGAAUAAUCCUGGGAGUGUCCUUCCCCCUCCGCGGAGAGCCCUGGGGAUUUCAGCAUUGAUCCCCAUGUGGGUUAUAAGAACUUGAAUCAAAGGCCUCUCUGUUGUUGGAGAAAGCCAUCCAGCUUUGCCUUAGCCCAGGCGCUUUCUGUCAAGGGCUAGGUUCCGUGCUAAUAAAAACAAGUGUCAUUUUACAGUGCUUUCUAUAAAUCUGUUAGUGACCUUUAAUAAAAAUUUAUGACCCUGAUAAUCCUGUUCUGCACACUCCGGUCCUAUCACUGCUCACUGGCCAGUAAUCUGCAAACCCUUUAAAAUUUAGUGACUGUGCCUGGGCCCACGCCAGGGGUCCGGCUCCAAGUGAUGGGAAUAGUAUGAAUAAUGAUUAAUCUAAACCACCCCGUGCAGAAUGCAAAGCUGUUUUCUUGACGCAGGCUGUUGGGCUGGGAAUCCUAGAAAGAGCAGGAACUGAAGACACCUGGGCUUUCCAGAAAACCCAUCAAACCCGCUCUUCACUGAGUUUAGCCCCACCUGCCUGACCUUUUCCCCUGCGUCCUUCUCUUCCUCCACAUCAUCAGAGCAAGGAGCCAAGAAUAGAGUGGACCCUGUGCACACCCAGCUGUUGCGGACAAAAUCCAAGGACCUUUCCUGAACCCGUUUCCCACACUUGGAACGCAGACCAAGCGCCGCCCAGCAGGCAGAGCUGAACUUCAUCACCCAGUCCCCAGAGCCGGCAAGACAUGGGCCCCAUUUACCAAGCCCUGACGCCUUUCAUUUAACCAGAAGACGUGGAGGGGAGCCACCACCCCUGACCAUGUAGAUGCCAGCUCCAGGGAGCAGCAUGGACCCCACUGAAUGGAGACUCCUGGAUCGACAGCCCUGAGCCCCUCUGGCCCCUGGACCUCGCCGUGCACCCAGGGAAGCCCCUCAGAGCCCACCACCGCUGUCACCAGUCCACUGCAGCUGUCCCCUGGAGUUGGCCGUCAGGAGCCACAGCCAUCCUGUGAGGUUUUGCAGAGGACAGCCCUACAGAGCCAUCACCCGGCAGCCUCCUGUCCAGUGCUGACCCUCGGGCCCACCCCGAGCAGAGACUGCAGCAGACAUGGGUGACAUGACCAACAGCGACUUUUACUCCAAAAACCAAAGAAAUGAGUCGAGCCAUGGGGGCGACUUCGGGUGCACAAUGGAGGAGCUGCGCUCUCUCAUGGAGCUGAGGGGUACCGAGGCCGUGGUCAAGAUCAAGGAGACCUACGGGGACACUGACGCCAUCUGCCGGCGCCUCAAAACCUCGCCUGUUGAAGGUUUGCCGGGCACUGCUCCAGACUUGGAAAAGAGAAAGCAGAUUUUUGGACAAAACUUCAUACCUCCAAAAAAGCCAAAAACCUUCCUGCAGCUCGUGUGGGAAGCGCUGCAAGACGUGACACUGAUCAUCCUAGAAAUCGCGGCCAUCAUCUCCCUGGGGCUCUCCUUCUACCACCCACCCGGCGAGAACAACGAAGGAUGUGCCACGGCCCAGGGCGGGGCAGAGGAUGAAGGGGAGGCAGAGGCAGGCUGGAUUGAGGGGGCUGCCAUCCUCCUCUCGGUCAUCUGCGUGGUCCUGGUCACAGCCUUCAAUGACUGGAGCAAAGAGAAACAGUUCAGAGGCCUGCAGAGCCGCAUUGAGCAGGAGCAGAAGUUCACCGUGGUCCGGGCUGGCCAGGUGGUCCAGAUCCCUGUGGCUGAGAUCGUGGUUGGGGACAUCGCCCAGGUCAAAUAUGGUGACCUCCUCCCUGCUGACGGCCUUUUCAUCCAGGGCAAUGACCUCAAGAUCGAUGAAAGCUCCCUGACGGGGGAGUCUGACCAGGUGCGCAAGUCCGUGGACAAGGACCCCAUGCUGCUGUCAGGGACCCACGUGAUGGAGGGUUCUGGACGGAUGGUGGUGACUGCUGUGGGUGUGAACUCUCAGACUGGCAUUAUCUUCACCCUUCUGGGGGCUGGUGGUGAGGAGGAAGAGAAGAAAGACAAGAAAGGUGUGAAGAAGGGGGAUGGCCUUCAGCUACCAGCGGCUGAUGGUGCGGCAGGUUCAAAUGCUGCAGAUAGUGCAAAUACCAGCCUAGUCAAUGGUAAGAUGCAGGAUGGCAAUGUGGACGCCAGCCAGAGCAAAGCCAAACAGCAGGACGGAGCAGCCGCCAUGGAGAUGCAGCCCCUCAAGAGUGCUGAGGGUGGCGACGCUGAUGACAAGAAGAAGGCCAACAUGCACAAGAAGGAGAAGUCGGUGCUGCAGGGCAAGCUCACCAAGCUGGCGGUGCAGAUCGGCAAGGCGGGCCUGGUGAUGUCAGCCAUCACGGUGAUCAUCCUGGUGCUCUACUUCACCGUGGACACCUUCGUGGUCAACAAGAAGCCGUGGCUCCCUGAGUGCACGCCCGUCUACGUGCAGUACUUCGUCAAGUUCUUCAUCAUUGGUGUGACGGUGCUGGUCGUGGCCGUGCCCGAGGGGCUCCCCCUGGCUGUCACCAUCUCGCUGGCCUACUCGGUGAAGAAAAUGAUGAAGGACAACAACCUGGUCCGCCACCUAGACGCCUGUGAGACCAUGGGCAACGCCACGGCCAUCUGUUCAGACAAGACAGGCACACUCACCACCAAUCGCAUGACAGUGGUGCAGGCCUAUGUGGGUGACGUCCACUACAAGGAGAUCCCUGACCCCAGCUCCAUCAAUGCCAAGACCAUGGAGCUACUAGUCAAUGCCAUCGCCAUCAACAGCGCCUACACCACCAAGAUUCUGCCCCCGGAAAAGGAGGGCGCCCUGCCCCGUCAGGUGGGCAACAAGACGGAGUGCGGCCUGCUGGGCUUCGUGCUGGACCUGAAGCAGGACUACGAGCCGGUGCGCACCCAGAUGCCGGAGGAGAAGCUGUACAAGGUGUACACCUUCAACUCCGUGCGCAAGUCCAUGAGCACCGUCAUCAAGCUGCCGGACGAGAGCUUCCGCAUGUACAGCAAGGGCGCAUCCGAGAUCGUGCUCAAGAAGUGCUGCAAAAUCCUUAACGGGGCAGGUGAGCCCCGGGUCUUCCGGCCCCGUGAUCGGGAUGAGAUGGUGAAGAAAGUGAUUGAGCCCAUGGCCUGUGAUGGGCUGCGCACCAUCUGUGUGGCCUUCCGCGACUUCCCCAGCAGCCCUGAGCCCGACUGGGACAACGAGAACGACAUUCUCAACGACCUCACCUGCAUCUGCGUGGUGGGCAUCGAGGACCCCGUGCGGCCCGAGGUCCCAGAAGCCAUCCGCAAGUGCCAGCGAGCAGGCAUCACAGUCCGCAUGGUCACCGGUGACAAUAUCAACACAGCCCGCGCCAUCGCCAUCAAGUGUGGCAUCAUCCAUCCUGGGGAGGACUUCCUGUGCCUUGAGGGCAAGGAGUUCAACCGGAGGAUCCGCAAUGAGAAAGGGGAGAUUGAGCAGGAGCGAAUCGACAAGAUCUGGCCAAAGCUGAGGGUGCUGGCUCGCUCCUCCCCCACGGACAAGCACACCCUGGUCAAAGGUAUCAUCGACAGCACGCACACGGAGCAGCGGCAGGUGGUGGCUGUGACAGGGGAUGGCACCAAUGACGGGCCUGCACUCAAGAAGGCUGACGUGGGCUUCGCCAUGGGCAUCGCUGGCACAGAUGUAGCCAAGGAGGCCUCGGACAUCAUCCUGACGGAUGACAACUUCAGCAGCAUCGUCAAGGCGGUGAUGUGGGGCCGCAAUGUCUAUGACAGCAUCUCCAAGUUCCUGCAGUUCCAGCUGACGGUCAACGUGGUGGCCGUGAUCGUGGCCUUCACGGGUGCCUGCAUCACGCAGGACUCCCCUCUCAAGGCCGUGCAGAUGCUCUGGGUGAACCUCAUCAUGGACACGUUCGCCUCACUGGCUCUGGCCACCGAGCCGCCUACCGAGACCCUGCUUCUGAGGAAGCCGUACGGCCGCAACAAGCCCCUCAUCUCGAGGACCAUGAUGAAGAACAUCCUGGGCCACGCCGUCUACCAGCUCACCCUCAUCUUCACCCUGCUCUUUGUUGGCGAGAAGAUGUUCCAGAUCGACAGUGGGAGGAAUGCACCCCUACACUCGCCACCCUCCGAGCACUAUACCAUCAUCUUCAACACCUUCGUCAUGAUGCAGCUCUUCAAUGAGAUCAACGCCCGCAAGAUCCACGGCGAGCGCAACGUCUUUGACGGCAUCUUCCGGAACCCCAUCUUCUGCACCAUUGUGCUGGGCACCUUCGCCAUCCAGAUAGUGAUCGUGCAGUUUGGGGGGAAGCCCUUUAGCUGCUCUCCGCUACAGCUGGACCAGUGGAUGUGGUGCAUAUUCAUCGGGUUAGGAGAGCUCGUUUGGGGCCAGGUCAUCGCCACCAUCCCAACCAGCAGGCUCAAGUUCCUCAAGGAGGCGGGCAGGCUCACACAGAAGGAAGAGAUCCCAGAGGAGGAGCUCAACGAGGACGUGGAGGAGAUUGACCACGCUGAGCGGGAGCUGCGGCGGGGCCAGAUCCUGUGGUUCCGAGGCCUGAAUCGGAUCCAGACCCAGAUCCGCGUCGUGAAGGCGUUCCGUAGCUCUCUCUAUGAAGGUCUAGAAAAGCCUGAGUCUCGAACCUCCAUCCAUAAUUUCAUGGCUCAUCCUGAGUUCCGGAUCGAAGAUUCACAGCCCCACAUCCCCCUCAUUGAUGACACCGACCUGGAAGAAGAUGCUGCGCUCAAGCAGAACUCGAGCCCGCCCACAUCGCUCAACAAGAAUAACAGCGCCAUCGACAGUGGGAUCAACCUGACGACCGACACAAGCAAAUCAGCUACCUCUUCAAGUCCAGGGAGCCCCAUCCACAGCCUGGAGACGUCGCUUUAGCUGAGGACCCCGCCGCCACCCACCUCCCCGGGCACCCACCCAUCCAGGCACUCGACUCACGCAAGCAGCAGCGAGCAACAACAGGAAACCAAAUACUGGCAAGAAAACCGUUUCCACCCAACAGACCUUUUUUCUGGCUGCGAUGCUGUUUGAACUCUUUUUCACUUUGAGACGAGGGCGGAAUCUCCUCCGGGGCUUAAGGGAGUGAGCGGGGUUCCCAGAACUAGCCCUUCCUGGCUCCUGCCCAACGUGGACCAGCCAUGCGCCCGCCCAGCCACCACACCCCCUGCAUGAAUGUACUGCACUCUUCUUCUCCUUGGUUUGGUUUGGGGGGGGUUGGGGAAGGGUUUUUUUGUUUGUUUGUUUGUUUUCAUAGGCGGGAACUGCAAACGGACUCUUUUCUGAGACUAUUUAUCCAAUCCACUGAUCUGUGAGUUUUUGAAAUGCUUGCGCAGCAUGGUCUCAGUUGUAUAGGUUAAUUUAACAACUUUUUGAAAUUGCAGAGCUUAACUCGCCUAGAAAAUUUGCACCAAUGGAACCGAAGAACUUCAGACACUCACCAGGUUAUAUCCAUUUCUUUGUAUCUAUAUCAACGUAUACUUCUCCAAGAGCGUAUACGUCCAUAUAGAUAGGUAGAUAUAUAUAUAUUAUAAAUAUAUAUACAUGGAUAUAUAAAGUUUCUUUGCCGGCAUGUUGCCUUGUUUCCGCUUAAAUUGCUCUAUUUUAACUUAUUUAUGUCCUAAAAGAAGAAUGUAAUUUGUUUACAAACCUGUAGAUAACGUCUUCAGCUAUUUGUAUGGUUUAAGGACACUGGUGGCUGAGAUGCUAUGAAAACAGCUCAGCCCGACAGACACCUCCCUGGAUUGCAUCCUUGAUGUUUUAAGAUAGCCAUGCUCUGAUUUUUGCCUGCUAUUUCCGUUCAAUGACGUCACUACCGAGGGAGGCUCAGGCAGAAGCCAAAUGUUAGCGAGUAUCCAUCCUGAGGGGUCCAACAGUGUGCUUUGCAGACAAAGGGCGAGGAGGGAGAGAAGGCUUCCAGGGCUCAAAGCACUGAAGGCAGCUGGGCUCCCAGACAGUGAGUCUGCAAAGCACUGGGUGAAGACUUUUCUCUCAAUGAAAUUCACUUGCGUUUACUAAGAGCAUUUGAAACAGAGGUUCUCUCUGGCACUGUCUGUACAGAGAUUGAGGUAGUGUGGCAAUAUUAUAAAUGCUAUUGUGUUGAUUUUUUUUUCAGUUAGUAAUUUAGAGGCUUAUUUCCUUAUAAAUUCCAGCAUAAGAGCUGUUGGCAUAUUGGAUGAGGAUCAUUAUGGCUUGCUGCUUUUCUUUUUCUUUUUGAAGAAGAAUAGCCUUUUUCUCUGCACUAUUUAGAUCCGAACGAACCUUAUGAUGUGUACAUUGAGAUGUAUUCAGUGUGAUUUUUUUUUAAACCCAAUUGUCUUCCUGUAGUCGCAAUAUACUGUAGCCUUCAAACAGCGAGUCUUGUUUCCCAGACAGAAAGCCAUUCUGAAACCCUACAGUAUCGCAGGCGAGAAAAGGUGGUUAUUUUUCCCCCAAGACAAUAACGGCACUAGUAAUCCCACUUCAUAAGAGCUUAUUUAAUUGUAUGUCAGCCUCUUAACUGCUAAGCACUUUGUGGGUAUCAGCUUUUUUCAUAAAAGAACUUUUGUAUUUAAUACAAAGUUUGCUUUGAGACUUUUCAGCAUACGAUCUUUUUCCAUAAACUUGUACAGUGCAAAAGACAUUUUGAAUACCAUGAUCGACGAUGUCCCAUGCUUCAAGGAAAACCAAACACUUCCCGCCUCGCUUGCAAAAUGCAUUCUUCAUACUGAUCCUUCCCACAUUUGCUCUGAGUCAGCCCAGGCCCUUCCCUUCUCCAGGCCCAGAGAACUCUUCCACAAACAAGAUGAGAGCCACGCGGGAACAGAGCCAUAGUCAGCUGGGAGGGGCCUGCAUCUGGACGGCUGUGGAGAAACCCGAGGGUUUGGGGUCCCAAGUCAGCCCAUCCCACCUGGCAAAAACUUCCUGAAAGGAGGACCUUCUUUGCGCAAGAGCAUCUCCUGAAUGUCAUGAAGAAAUGUCUCUGAAUGUACCCAGCAGAGUAAACUGCAUCCCCUCACCCCACCCCACCCCACCCCCACCAGGGUGACCAGCUCUCAGAUAUGUUUAUUGGAUUCCAGCACCAACACCACUGAUUCAGCCCACUGCUCUCCUGCGAGAAAGAAAAGACCUGCUCCUAUAAAACAUGGGGCAGCCUUGGAACGUUGUGUGUUUGUGGGGUUUUUUGCUUUUUUGUUUUUUGUUUUUUGGCAGUUUACUUUUUCAAGGUUUUCCAUCUCCCCCUUUGUUCCGACCUUGUGUCCAUGACCUCAUUCCUUGACACCAGGAAAGCUCCGCUUGUAUGCAACACUGAUGCUCCCUGCUCGUGUGGAGUCAGGAUGCAAGGAAAGCAGUGGGGGGUCUCCCCAAGUGGGGCUUAGCUCAGGGGAUAAGGAGCGAUGGGAGCUACCAAGAAUGCCUGACAUAAGUGUUGGUCUUUUCUUGUCGGGAAUGAUGGAUGCUGUCCCACACACACACCCCCAGCCCCACACUUGCACACACACACACAUCCACACACACACAGGGAAUGAUUGGUUUGUCAGAACUCACUGUAGUACAUCAGGCUUGCACUCCGCGUCCUAUAUCUAGCAGCAUGGGGUACGUUUGGCAGUUCACCCCAUUAGGGGGUAAAUAAUUUAUGACCAUUCAUCUGUUUUUAUGAAUUUUUUUAUCUAGACAAUAAUUGUAAAUAAAGAACUCACCAUCUCUGUUCAUUUAAUACUAUGCAAUGGUUAUGCUUUCAAUGGCUGACUCUUCUUACUCCUGCAGUGUGGUUCUGAAAUGUCUGUGGUCUUUAAAAAAAAAAAGAGAGAGAGAGAGAAGGCAGAAACCAACAUCAAACAGAACGUAGUAAAUCUAUACUCUGUAAUGUAUCCUUUCUUUCUGGUGUGGAACUGCACCAUCUCUUUAGCUUCUUGUCUGCCCUCUGGACAAGAGCUCCAGAAGAAGGUCGCAGAUUCUGUCCUGAGGUCCAAGUUCACCAAUCUGUCGCCCCCAACAGCUGAUGGAGGAGCAGGGCCCCAUUCAGUGAGGUGGACAGGAAGCAAACUGAGGCCUGUCCUUCCUUCACUCGAAAACAGCCUCGGUUGCUCCUACCAUGGCCCCUUGACCCCCUUGAGCAGAGUGUUGGCAAGAAGGGGGGCCCCCUUCUUCUGAAACCAGACCAAUGGCAAUGAGUGCACCAGGGUCAAGGACUCCGGACCUGUCUCAGCCUGGGUAACCCAGUUACCAAAUAGCCCCUCUUUCCCAACCAUACAGAAACUCUCCUUUACCACAUCCUAACAGCUCAGAGAGGCUGGAGUUUAUUUCUGGAAUUGCUCCUCUGUUCCCUCAUCUGGGUGUCUCAUCUGGCACCAGCCAUAUAGUUUAAUUAUUAUUGAUUUCUAUUAUGUUUUAUUAUGUGGUGGGAUAAAUACUCUUUACUUAAAAAAAAUUCCUGGUUAUCUCUCACAUCUAUCCUUCCAGGUAAACUUGAAAUUUUGCCAAGUGCUCCAUCCUCCCGCCCUCCUCUCCCCCAGAUAUCAUUUGCCCUGUCAUUCUAGGUGCAAACAUCUUCCCACCUGUCCCCUGUCCUCUCCGGGUUACUAAACAGAGUGCCCUCGAAGGGGACAUAUAAAAAUGGUGUCCUAAACCCUGAGAGAAGCCUGGUUUUCUUCCCAUCAUCUCUCCUGUCCCCUAAGCCAGGCUGUCAUCAGGAGAGGACACUGAGCCCCCACCUGAUCUCGGUGUGGGACCAAACUCACCCAUCUUGGCUGUGCUGGGGUGGACCCUCCAUCUGCCCUAGUCCAGGCAAGAAAGAAGGGUCUUUCCCAGACCCUGAACUGGCAGCAUGUGUGCCUCAGUUGCCAGUUCUCCUCAUGGAGAAAUAUUUAUUCCCAUCUCCCUUGCCUGAACUGUUGUUUUCUCUUUUUUUUGGGGGGGGGGUCAUUUCUUGCCCUUUAUUCAGAGUCAGUUGAAUAACAGGUCCCUUGGGAUGCAGCAAUUUCUCACCACCCUGACUCCCCUUCCUCAUUCUUGCUCUUCUUACAGAAGGCUGUCAAAGGUGUGCACCGUGACUUGCCUCCCACCUAAAACUCUUUGCAUAGGGUCCGAGAUCUCACCGUUAGAAGAUGGAGGGGCAGGUUGCUUUCCUCUGAAGGCUUUUGGGUCUUCCAGCCCCAAGGCCUAAAUCAAACAACAGCAGAAAAUCCCCAGGUCUUUCCCAAGUUCCAAAGCAAGCCCUCCUCGUUUGGAUGUAAAGAUCCGGUUCACCCAAGUUGGGGGGAGGGAGAUCCCAGGCUCUGGGCAUCAGCCAUCGCCCCCUCCACCAACAACAAGAUAUUUAAGGCUGCUUUGGAACCACCCUUCUCAGCCCCCUGAGUCUGUUUUGUAAUGCCUGUGGUGCUCUCCCUCUGGACCUUUCCUCUCGGGGGUCUGUCGCCACACUUUGCUAACUCUUGUGUGCACAUAUUUUAUAACAGAGUAGCGAGGACAUGGUGCCGCCUUCAGCUUCCACAAGCUGCCCGGGCUCUGGGGGGCUCUGGGACAAUGGGGCUGGGAAGUGACUGUGCUCUUAUUGUACACUCUUGAUUUCUCUGUAUCUCUGGCUUGUGCUCUUUGUAAUCAAUGGGAUUUGUCUGCCUUUUCAACACUAUACUGAGCAAUAACAAUAAAUGCACACGUGGAAAUGCA